UUGACUCAUUUGACUUGAAUUUGAGAUUUUGGAUCUGAUAAUCUUGCUCUGUAAUUUUUAUUUUAUAUUGGUGAUAAUGUCUUUACUAUCAACUAAAGCAUUUUCUAUUCUUAAAAAUGCAGUGACUACUCCCUACAUUCGAGCAUUAUCAGUAACUAGUAACUUAAAUAUAAAAGAAAUACGUGAAUACAAAGAGGGAAAUAAAUUAAUUAUUGAAGGUGUAAGCUUGCCGUCACCAAGAUCAGAAUUGUUAGUUAGAGCAGAGAAGAUUCCAGAUUUAGUACCAACCAAAGACUGUGAAAAAUCCUUGUGUUACUUGUGUCAAUUAGAUCUGGAUGUUAAACACACAGAUGUUCUGAUACUAAGCCAGUUCGUUCGCAGUGAUGGAUGUAUGUUACCGCGUCGAAUUACAGGGUUAUGUCGUAUGCAGCAGAAAAAAGUUGGCAAAAUGGUUACAAUGGCUCAAAAAGCAGGUCUUAUGAUUAACCUUACACCAUCUUAUUGUAAAAAAGACCCAAGGAAAAGGUAUGGUUAUAAGAAGUUUAAUACUUACUAUGAUGAGAAGACCAUUUUUUGGAAGAGAAUUCCAAACCAAAAUGACAGGUUUAAGCGUUGAGUAUAGAAAUUAUUGUAUGUAAGAAAUAUGUAGUUAAUUAGGAAAUAAAUUAUGCAAAAAAUAUAAAAAAGUUUGUUAUGUGUCAUUGGCAGCCUUAAAGAAACUGUUUGAAGUAAACAGUCAACCAAGGUCAGGCAUUUGCCUAUGGGUGCAAAAUAAAUUUUCUAAAUGCACAAUUAACACUUGCUUGGUCAAUCAAAUAAAAAUAGAGAACUGGCAAGUCAAAGAUCAGAUAGAAGAUGUGUCUCAGUUCAGAAGUGAUCAUCCCCCAUUACAUACAGACAUCUGAGCCAUAAAAGUGUAUUCCCACUUAAAUAUUACUUAUAAUAAUUUAAAGAUUUACAUAUAUAUAUAAGAUUUGUUUGUAAAUAAAAUAAAAAAAAACAAAUUCUAGACAAUAAUUUAUUUGUUGUUUUUACACAAGAUUCUGGAAUUAACAAAGGUGAACUGAUAAACCUAAAAAAGUACAGUUAUGCAAUUAUGUUAGUAUUAUUAUUUAUAAGCUCAAAACUUGUUGACAAUAAGUAUCCCUUAUUUUUUUAUUUAAUUUAAUUGCCAACUUUUGUAAAAAACAUAUAGAUCUAUGCUACUGCUACUACUACAUUUU